CCGAAAGUAACGCCUCCGGGAAAGGGAGACGGAAACGGGAUUGUCUUUCUGGCCGUUGCGCCUCCGUCCGUAGCGGGAUAUAUUUCUGCCCGCCCUUUUUGUCUGAAAGAGGGAAGAGGUCACAAAUGUCUUCAAGGAAUACAUCACUGGAGCACAAAAGUGGGAAGGAAAGUCGUUCUGUCCAUUAUGAUAAAGCAUAUGUGGAUUCCCCAGAAGAUGCUGAGGAGAUAUUAAAUUUGGAAUCGUUGCCACCGCCUCUUCCAUUACAGCCACCAUUUGGACCUGAAUUUUAUCCAAGCGAGGAUGAAGAGUUGGCUGAAAUCCCUGAUCUCAAACCAGUGAGAAAAUUCAUUCCUGAUUCAUGGAAAAACUUCUUCAAAGGAAAACGAAGUGAUCCAGAAUGGAAUAAGCCAGUAUCUGCCAUUUCAGAUGGAACGCAAUGUUCUCCCCCAUCAUCUCCAACACUUACUCCAGUGAAAGCAGACCAUACUUCAACACCAAGUUCUUAUCAAGAUCCAUAUGGAGGAUCAGGAGGGACUUACAAUUCACGAAAAGAAGCUGAAGGUAUUCUCCCUGCAGAUCCAUAUGGCUCUCUGGGAAGGCACACUCAGGCUCUGACAUACAGUGAGAAAGUAGAAGCUUUUAACCUGAGAUAUUCCUACAUGAAAUCUUGGGCAGGAUUGCUUAGAAUCUUGGCUGUUGUUGAACUGCUCUUAGGUGCAGCUGUAUUUGCCUGUAUCACAGCUUACAUUCACAAAGACAAUGAGUGGUACAACAUGUAUGGCUUUUCACAACCAUAUGGCUAUGGUGCAAACAGCAUGUAUGGUGGUUAUUAUUACAGUGGACCCAAAACUGCUUUUGUUCUUGUUGUAGCAGCACUUGUUUGGAUAGUGACUAUCAUACUUCUAGUUCUUGGUAUGUCAAUGUACUACAGAACUAUUCUUCUGGAUUCCCACUGGUGGCCUUUAACUGAAUUUGGAAUCAAUGUGGCCUUGUUUAUUUUAUAUAUGUCAGCUGCUAUUGUCUAUGUAAAUGAUGCAAACAGAGGAGGACUUUGCUCAUAUUCAUUAUUUAAUACACCAUUGAAUGCUGCUUUUUGCCGUAUAGAAGGUGGACAGACAGCAGGAAUUAUUUUUUUGUUUGUAACGAUGAUUAUAUAUCUCAUCAGUGCAAUAGUUUGCCUAAAAUUAUGGAGACAUGAAGCUGCACGCAGACACAGAGAGUUCAUGGAAGAGCGGAUGAAUUCACAAUCAUUUGCACCAAAGAGAAUGUAUGAAGAUCAUGAAAAUGACACAUCCAAAGUAGCAAUAAAGACACUGAAGGUUACAGAAAUGAAGCCUGAAGUACUUAAUGGCCAUAUACCAGCAGGACAUAUUCCUAAACCAAUAGUGAUGCCAGAUUACUUGGCAAAAUACCCAGCAAUUCAGACAAAUGAGGAAAGAGACCGUUAUAAAGCUGUAUUUAAUGAUCAGUUUUCUGAAUAUAAAGAACUGUCUUCCGAAGUUCAUGCAGUUUUGAAGAAAUUUGAUGAGUUAGAUGCACUUAUGAGGAAGCUUCCUCAGCAUCCUGGAAACACUCUGGAACACGAUAGAAUCGCCAAUGUUCUCCAACAGUAUAAAAAGAAAAAGAAUGAUCCCACAUUUCAGGAGAAGAAAGAACGAUGUGAAUAUCUAAAGAACAAACUUUCUCACAUAAAACAACGAAUUCAGGAAUAUGACAAAAUUAUCAAUUGGAAUACUUAGAAUGACUUUAAUUUUACCAACAAGAUUUGUUGAUCAUUUUAAAAUAUUUAUUGCCAUUAUUGUACAUUUUUCUUGUAAAAUUAGUAACUAAAAUCUAGGUUGUAUAAUGCAAACUAAGGAAAUUUUUUUCUACUGUAAGCUGAAAAACGUUCUCAUAAUGUAGUUAAACCAUGUCUACUGUUGAUAAUCCUAUUCUAAAAUAACAGACAAAAUUAGUAUCUUUUACUUUUUAAAUUCAAAAUAUUUGUAUUUCUGUCACUGAGAUAUUUUCCUAAAUAUGAAUAUGCUGUAAACGGGUAUGACUUAAGUAUGACUUAAUUCCAUGUGUAGCUCAGUUCCAUGAAAUGCAGUUUUUCAAAAAUCCAUAUGUAUUACAAAUUGCUUUAUAUGCUAGGGUGCCACUUAACCAUUUAUGUGUAAUGACCUACUUGGAAGGACAAGGAACCAGAGUCUAGCCAUCUCCUCCUUUGGCAGGCAGGAACUUGGAUUCAGGUUCUACAGAACCCAAAACAUGUGUUUGGUGAUCUCAUCGCUAGGAACAUCAGUUCUUAAUUCCCUUUUAGCAAUUCCUAAUGAAGUGUUGCAUAGUUUGUGUUAAGGAGAAAUAUUCACAUGCAUGAAACAUUGGAUUGAGCUCUAUAUUGCAUAGGUGAUUAACCAUUUUUUAAUAUACAUCUUUAUAUGAACUAAUAAAUGUUUUACUUAUAUAACAAAGUUAUGUUUUUAUAUAGGACAAUCAUCUUGUUCAGCAAUUUCCAUUGGAUCGCCAUUCAUUUUAAAAUUAAAUAAUUUUGAAAGUUUAAUAUUUGUAAAUCUUGACAUUCUAAGCAAAAAUUGGAGUUGUAUUUUUGUGACCUGUAUUUAUUUUGCAACAAAAUAGGUAUAUGAGAUUCCAUCUGACAGGCUAUGGCAUUUGAAAACAUCACAAUUAUGCAAAGUACAACCUUUUUGUAGGAGGGGUAGUUACCUUCAUGUUUUCUUGUUGGAUCAUAUGGAUGUGGAAACAAAAGUUCUGGGAUUAGUAUCAUUCUUUUAAAAUAGAUUCUGAUGGAUAAAGGGACCUAAAUCUUAAGUAUUUAGAUACAUGUCAUUUUAUUUGAAAAUCUCUCACAAAUUUAUUUUAUAGGUAAUGUAUUUUGAGCAUACAAGUACAACCUUUCUCAGAGAAAGUUAUUAGCUUUGUUUGGGGAAAUAUCAUGAGGAAAGUAUGAUAAAAGAGAAUGUAAAUACUAUCAAAGAAAAGCAGCAUUCAACUAAAAUAUUUUCAGACUGAAACUGAAUCUUACUGUCCUGCUGAAAGACAGCAAUAUAUGUAGGUAUGUAGGUAUGUAGGUAUGUAUGUUUGUAUACAUACAUAUAUAUAUAUAUUUGAAUUGUCAACUAAUUUCACCUCUUAAAUUCAGAUUGCAGGAGUGAUUUAUAGCUGACUUUUUCUAAACAACUUAAAAUGUUGAUUGGAAUGGCAGGUGCAGAAAAAUUAUUCAGGGCAUUAAAUAGCAUAGUUGUUUAAUACAGCUCUUGGAAAAUAGAAAUUCCAAUUCACUUAUCUUUUUAUAAGUGAGGUGGGAAUUUCAUAUAUCUUUCUACAUUUCUAUUUUGUAUCAUAUCACAUUUUUUACAGAAGAAUCUUAGCACAUUGUAGUGAAUUUCUAUAACUUUAAAACAAUCUCCUUUUAGCAUAUGAUUUUUUUAUUAAAAUUUAAACAAGAAGGUAAAAACUAACAAAUACAGAGCAAGGAAGAAAAAAAUAAAGCAAAAAAUUCAAGAAAAGAAAAGUUAAAGAAACAAAAGGAAAAAGAUAAUUUUCAAAAAAACAUGCACUACAGUGCAAGUCACUUUCCUCUGGUUUCUUUAUAGUAUUAAGUUAUAACGAACCUUCUGAAAUACUGAACUGUAUAUUUUCAUAAAAUAAUGAAUAAAACAUAUACUAGACAAUCCAUGAUCUGUUGUGUCAUCUUUUCAGACAUAUUUACUUACCUACUAUUUGUGCCCCCUCACAAAUCCUCCCUGAUCCAAGUCAUUUCGCUCUCACACAUCUAUUUGCAGGAAACCUAACAAGGCUCUCUCACAUACUCUUAUUCCCUUGUGCACUCU